AAUGCAGGGUGGAUGUUGGGGACCUGGGUGUCCGCUUUGGUAGCUCCUACUACGACCCGUUGUGAAGUUAUGGACCAUGCGCGGAGCCCAGGGGUCCAGCUGCUGCCGCUACUCCAGCUCCUGUGGCUGCUGCCCCACUCCCGGGCGGUGCCUGCAGCUCCCACCGCAGCGUGGCGGGACGGCGCCCGGAACCACACGUUCCGGCACACGGUGUUCUGCCAGAACGGGAGUCCCAGCAUGGCGCUCACCGAGACCUACGACGAGGACCAGCUUUUCUCCUUCGACUUCUCCCGGAACACCCGGGUGCCCCGGCUGCCCGAGUUUGCUGGCUGGGCUCAGGACCAGGGAGACGCCUCUGACAUCGUAUUUGACAAAGGGUUCUGCGAGAUCAUGACGCAGGAAGUGGGCCCAAAACUUGACGGGAAAAUCCCGGUGUCCAGAGGUCUCCCUGUUGCUGAAGUGUUCACCAUGAAGCCCCUGGAGUUCGGCAAGCCCAACACGCUGGUCUGCUUCAUUAGUAACCUCUUCCCACCCACCUUGACGGUGAGCUGGGAGCAUCAGGAGACCCCCGUGGAAGGAGUCUCUCCCACUUUUGUCUCAGCCACUGAGGGGCUCAUCUUCCAGGCCUUUUCUUAUUUAAACUUCACACCAGAGCCCUCCGAUCUCUUCUCCUGCAUCGUGACUCAUGAAAUUGACCGCUACACAGCAGUUGCCUAUUGGGUGCCCCAGAACUCCGUGCCCUCAGAUCUCCUGGAGAAUGUGCUGUGUGGUGUGGCCUUUGGCCUGGGACUGCUGGGCCUCAUUGUGGGCACAGUGCUCAUCAUCUACUUCCAAAAGCCUUGCUCAGGUGAAUGAUUCUUCCUGGAAGGCGUUUGGAGCAGCUGCCACCGUCCAAGCAGGAGGAUGGGCUUCUCACCUCCGCCCGCCCGGGGUCUCUCCUCCUCAGAGAGAAAGUCGCUGGACAUCCUCAGGGCGCGUGUGGCCUGUGUGCCGGUGUCUCAGCUGAGAGCUCUGUGGUCCCUGGGCUCAUAUCCAGAGCAGCCCAUCACCACCCCACCCCUUCCCACUUCAAGCCAAUAAACCUACCUACCUAUCUAUCUAUCUAUCUAUCUAUCUAUCUAUCUAUCUAUCUAUCUAUCUAUCUUCCCUCCUUCCUUCCUUCCUUCCUUCCUUCCUUCCUUCCUUCCUUCCUUCCUUCCUUCCUU